UGGGGAGCAGGCAUUGGAUUAGCAGCAUCAAUCAAGUGGCGUGGCCAUUUUGCUGUCCGUUGAUAAGGCCGCUCGGUCCAAGUAUUGGUAAUACCGACCGAUUUCCCUGCUUCUGCUCAGCUCGGCUUUUUUCGAAUUACAUUGGAGAAAUCGAAGUUUGCCGAUUUCUUUGGAUGUAAGGUACCCAUAUCAACAAAUUACUGCGUGGACACGCCUCCUGCGCGCUUAAUACUUGUCUGGAUUUUUUAACCACCUAAAAGAGGGUCUUUAGUAUUUUUACACUACACGUUUUACGUUUUACAUUGAGCCAUCGGUUUGUAGAAUGGUAUUGAGUUAUUUGUAAUACCUAAAGUUGCAAAAGAUUAGAAAAAUGGAGCUUGACAAAAAGGUAAUUGAAAUAUUAGAAAAAGCUAGUGAAGGGCAGGAAAUCAUCUUGGAGCAAGAAGGAGAUGAGGAUGGUGAAGUAGUUGAGGAAAUUGUUGAAAUUGUUGAAGAGCUUCUAGUAGAAGAAGAGGAAAAUAACGAGGACCAAGGUGAAACGAUUGAACAAAUUGAAAGAGAAAUUCAAGAAGGCCUUCAAGAAAAACAGGCUACAGAAACAACUAAUGGAGAAUAUUUACAGGAAGAUACAAGCAAAGUAUUAGCUGGAAAGCAAGUAGUGUAUGCCAGUCACAUAAUUAAAAAAGAAAAAGGUGUAGUACAUUAUGAUGCUUCAGCCGACUGGGAGGAUGAGUAUGAACAGGAAGAACAAAAUAAUGAAGUUGAAAAUCCAGAAGAUCAAUCAGCUGGCCCUGAAGAGGCAUAUGCCUAUGAAUCAUACAAUAAUGGGGAUGUGAGUGAAAUCAUAGCAGCUGAUGAAAGAACACGGGAAAGUUCUUAUCCACAAGGUAAUUAUGACGCAAGUAUGAAUCAAGACAACAGUAUGAGUUUGGAUGGCAGUCAGCAUGAAGUUGUUCAAAAUGCAGAGAAUAAUCUAGUUUAUACCGUGCUAAGCGCCAAAAAACAGGCAAAAUCCUCUGAAGAUAAUAUAUCGAAUGUAGAAUAUGUUCAGGUGCAAAGAUACAGAAACGAUGAUGCGCAAGAUGAUGGAGCAAUUUAUUAUACUGUUAAUGAUGGUGAUGGUACAUAUGUACAGGCAAUUGAAGGAGAGCAGUAUCAGUAUGAUGAAAGUGAAGAACCAAUGGAACAAGAUAACCAAGAGUGGGAAGCUGCAAAUCAAACUGAUGAAGUUCAACAGGAAGCAGAAGAACAAGAUCAGAUUUUCUUACAUGAAGAUGAGGAUGGUCAAUUAUAUUUCAAAAACGAACAUGGCCAACUGCAGCCUGUUUAUUUGACCCCUGACGGUAAUUACGCCAUUGCAGAAAAUAGUAGUGAUGAGCAAGAAAGUCAAGACGAUCCGACCCAAAUUCAGGAAGAUCAGCAGAUUGAAGCAGAUAACUGUGUAAUCCCUGAAGAACAACCUAAAUCUUUUAACACGAAAAAACGUGGGCAUCCAGAUGACGACGAUAACACAGUUACAAUAUCAUUGAUUAUAUCUGAAGAUGAACAUGGCCAAAAACGAACACAAGUCAUAAUACCGAGCCCUGCCGAAGCAAAGUGCAACAUUUGCAAUAAAACGUUCAAGACUUCGUUGCAGCUCCUCAGGCACAAUAGACUGAAACAUGCUCGUGAAGAAGACAUAACUACAAGGAACUUUCCUUGUGACUUGUGCCCUAAGAGAUUUGCUGAUCAAAAUUCCUUGGCUCGUCAUCGUAGGACUCACAGUGAAGGACGAUUGUUCCAAUGUCUCGAGUGUCACGAGUCCUUUCCGACAGCUAAUACUCUUAGAAAGCAUUUAGCUAUACACAAUCCAGAUUCCCUUCCUAUGCCCUGCAUUUACUGUGGUCGUAAAUUCUUAGAUAAGGCUAGUCUGAUGAAACACGAGCAAUCGCAUUUGGCUGGCGAAAAAAGGACUCACGUUUGUGACAUUUGUCAGAAAAACUUUUCAAACCUCAAUGACUUGAAUGUCCAUAAAAAGAACCAUGAUCCUGACAGAAAAUUUGAUUGUGAAGUUUGUGGGCGAGAAUUUAAUCGAUUGAAUAAUCUGCAGCGGCACAUGAUGGUACACCAGCAAGGAAAACAAGGAGAGAGUGAAGAGGUUCUCUCGUGUAAUAUUUGUGGCAUAACAUAUAAAUUUUCGAGCUCCUUGACCAGACACAUGGUAACGACGCAUAUGAACCCAGAAAGACGUCGCCAGCAGGCGGAAGAGCAACGACGAAAGCGUGACAACAAUUACCGGCGCUACAUGGAAAAUCAUAAUAAAUUUGAAGUCGUUUCACGCAAAUAAACAAUGAGAUGUAAGCAUGUGUGAGAGCGAGAUAAUUAAUUGACAUAUGAAGAAAAAGUGACAAAUAAAAAGGAUUUGUCAAUAAAUAGCUCUGCAAAAUUUUUUUAGAUUAUUCAAGUAUUUAUAUAAAUAGAAAUUUACAAAUAUGUGUAUUUUACGAAAAAAGAACAAAAAAAAAAAAAAUGAAAAAUUUGACAAAAACUUGAUGAAUAUGUGAUUUAAGCUCUUUCAUCUAGCAAUCAGUACACGUGAAAUUCCAUUACCGUUUAAAAUUAUGUAAUUUUUUAAUAAUGCAAGGUUUUACUCAAUGUAUAGAUGUCAAAGUUUGUAAAAAUAUCAUUU